UCUUGCACAGGUGUACCGGCUCCUCCCCUUCAGUCUUGCACAGGUGUAACCGGCUCCUCCCCUUCAGUCUUGCACAGGUGUACCGGCUCCUCCCCUUCAGUCUUGCACAGGUGUACCGGCUCCUCCCCUUCAGUCUUGCACAGUGUUGUACCGGCUCCUCCCCUUCAGUCUUGCACAGGUGUACCGGCUCCUCCCCUUCAGUCUUGCACAGGUGUACCGGCUCCUCCCCUUCAGUCUUGCACAGGUGUACCGGCUCCUCCCCUUCAGUCUUGCACAGGUGUACCGGCUCCUCCCCUUCAGUCUUGCACAGGUGUACCGGCUCCUCCCCUUCAGUCUUGCACAGGUGUACCGGCUCCUCCCCUUCAGUCUUGCACAGGUGUACCGGCUCCUCCCCUUCAGUCUUGCACAGGUGUACCGGCUCCUCCCCUUCAGUCUUGCACAGGUGUACCGGCUCCUCCCCUUCAGUCUUGCACAGGUGUACCGGCUCCUCCCCUUCAGUCUUGCACAGGUGUACCGGCUCCUCCCCUUUUCAGUCUUGCACAGGUGUACCGGCUCCUCCCCUUCAGUCUUGCACAGGUGUACCGGCUCCUCCCCCCCUUCAGUCUUGCACAGGUGUACCGGGCCCCUCCCCUUCAGUCUUGCACAGGUGUACCGAUCUCCUCCCCUUCAGUCUUGCACAGGUGUACCGGCUCCUCCCCUUCAGUCUUGCACAGGUGUACCGGCUCCUCCCCUAACUUCAGUCUUGCACAGGUGUACCCCGGCUCCUCUCCUGGA